AUGCUUGAUGUUGGUGCUCUGAACGCCUUCACCAUCUUUACUGCACAACACCCUGACUAUAUGAAUGGUGUGCCAAAUGCACGGCGGCUUUUCAUCAAGGAGUUGGCCAAAGAGCUCAUCAUGCCUCACAUGAACAGGCGCAUGGAGACCUCUGUUCAUCUCCGGAGGAAUGUUACUGAGGCCAUGGCAACAUGUGUGCUGAAUAUGGAGCUGGUGAACUUUGUGCUGCUGCUCGUGUUGGUGUUGAGUGAAGCUGCAGCUCUGCCAUCCUGCAUCUGGACACACACCAGACUCAAAACACUGAACAAGCAGAGCAAUGAGCUGCUGAAGAACAUGGGUGGUCACAUGCCACUGGAGUGCUUGGAAAGAAAUAAUAACUCCUUUCCAAAGGGUGUGUUCGUUAAAGCUCAGGAUGAAGACCUGGUCUUGGUGGCUCUUGAGACUCUGAAAGGAGUUGAGAAAAUCUUCAAAAACAACAAAGCGUCAGUGACGUGGGACAGAGAGAAAGUGUCUCGCUUCACCAAUCUGAUAAACAGACAAGUGGAGAAGCUGCAGGAAUGUGUCGGGAAAAAGGUCCAGAGAGCGAUGGAGACACCUGCGGAGAGCAGCACUCAUACACUGAGGUCCUAUUUUCAGAAGCUGGAGGAACGACUGAAAGAGAAGGAGUUCAGCUCGUGUGGAUGGGAGAUGGUGAGAACUGAGCUUCAGGAUGGUCUCAAGGAGUUUCAGACUUUUCUACACAGCAGGAACUGA